UUGUUUAGGGCUCCAAACAAGAUGGCCGCGAUGUGUCAACCGUGAUAAUUCUGAGUCGAUAUUUUUUUUGAUAACAAUAAUAUUUAAGAGUUCUGGACAGAAAUGGGUUUAUCUCAGAGCUCAGAAGCAUCCGAGGGAGGGACGUAUGGGUAUCAUGUUCACGGGGUGCAGCCAAAUUCCCCUGCAGAAAAUGCUGGACUGCAGCCCUUCUUUGACUUCAUUCUGUCUCUUGACUACAAAAGACUCAAUGAGGAAAAUGACCUGUUGAAGGAGAUCCUGAAAGCCAACAUGGAGAAAGUGGUGAAGAUGGAAGUGUACAGCACUAAGACCACAUCAGUUCGUGAGCUGGAGGUGGUGCCCAGCAACAUGUGGGGAGGUCAGGGUCUGCUGGGGGCCAGUGUUCGCUUCUGCAGCUACCAAGGAGCCAAUGAGAACGUUUGGCACGUCCUGGAUGUGGAACCCAGUUCACCUGCUGCUUUGGCAGGGCUUCAGCCUCAUUGUGACUACAUUGUUGGAGCAGACCAGGUGCUGCAAGAUUCUGAAGACUUCUUCUCGCUGAUUGAAGCUCAUGAAGGGAAACCCCUAAAGCUGCUGGUGUACAACACACAAACAGAUGUGUGCAGGGAGGUGGUGGUGACACCCAACGGAGCGUGGGGGGGAGAGGGCAGUUUGGGUUGCGGCAUUGGUUACGGCUACCUGCACCGAAUCCCUGCAAAUCCUGAAGUAUCGACAGUGAAGCCUCCCAGCCCAGUUCCUGAGGAGAAACCCUCUCCUCCAGAGCUGCCUACACAUGGAUACACAGAGACACCUCUGAUGGCAGCUUCAAGCCAAAGUGAAGAUUUGUUGGACCUGGAGCAGGUCACCCUCGAGGAGGCCGCUCUACCUCCACCCAUCCGGAGAGUCAUGGACCCCGGGUUUUCUGAUUCUGAAGUAGCAGCGAUGAGCCCUGAUCCUGCAGAUUUGGUGGACAGGCUGGAACUGUCCAUGUCUUCCAUCGACAUGACCAACACUUCACUGGCCAUGCAUGAGGAGAAGGACAGUGAAAUAUCUGGUGUUGAGGAGCUGGAGGACAGCGUUCUGCUCUCAUCAUCAGCUGAGAACCAGACUGAGCCACAAGAGCCGAGCUCCCUGGCAGUCAUGGACCACACUCUGGCUUCCACUGAGACUCUGUUUGAUUCAGGUGUCGCACCAGCUGAACCAUCUGACCUGAUCACUGAGUCCUCAGACCUACACAGAUUCCACCUUGAACCCAGCAAUAGCCAAAGUCCACCUCCGGGUGACACGUCUCUUCCUGUAGAGUCUCUCGACCCUCCAGCUGAGCUUUCUGAGCCAGCAGAAGACCUUCGCUGCCCAUCUCCUGUUGAUCUCAUCCCACAUCCAACCUCAGCUACCGAUGAGUCAACCGCACAAGAUUCUCCUUCUCAAGUUGUCGAGGAAGCUCAGGGUUCAGUGGAGGAAUCUGCAGAGCCUCUAGAUGAGUCUGUUGCUCACCAGUGUGACCACGAGCACGAUGAGGAUGAGCCAGAGGAGGAACCAGACAAAUCCCAUUUUGAGUAAGCUUGCAUCAGGACAUUCAGGAAGACGAAAAGUAAAGUUGACAAUCACUGAUAAUUAGUGUUAAAGAAACACUACAUAGGAUAGACACAAGAGGAAAUGUGCCCUGUCUGAUUUGAUCUUGCUAGUCUGUCUUACAUGGUUGCAUUAUGGGAUUAGUCACACUACAGAGACUAGUUACAGCAUUAACAUGGAACAAGAAAAAUACUUCAGGCGCUGUAGUAACAUCCUGUUCAUUUUGUAUGUGAGAAUUUACAGUUACUGAUUAUCCGUGAGCCAAAAAGGUCAGAAUGAUUUUGGUGCUUGGCGCAAAAUUACAUUUAUACGGGUAAUUAGGUUUUGUUUCUGGUACACUAAUGUGAUAAAUACUUGAACACUUCCAAAGAAAAAUACUUGCAUUUAGUACUGCAAAGCACUAGCUGCACCUUUGUACCCCGAACACUACUGCAGUUUUUGAAGCUAUUAGACUGUUGGCAGUUUUAAAUGAGUUGUUGUCUUUGCAGCGCUGAAGUUUUAUGUCAUUUUAAGUGUUUGAUGAUAACCCAAAUAAUUCUAAAAUGCAGGGCACAGUAGUUUAUGUGCCCUGUAUUGGAUUUCAAAAGGGCUUUUGCUGUGGAAUGAGGGAAAUAUUUGUCAAAUUGUACUGAAUUAACCCUAAUACUGUCCUCAUUUACAGGCACCAAAAGUAUCGUUUCCUUGUCUGUAAAAAAUCCCAAAAUUCAGCAAAAAAAUUCCCCAAAUUUUGGGAAAUUUGCAAAACCUUCAGGAAGAAAAUUCCAAUAAUUAAAAUGUUUUAUUUUUAAAAAAUCCCCCAAAUUUGGCAAGAAAAUUAUUGUAAAUGUUUUCUAAAAAUGUUUAAAAAAAUCCUAAAAAUAAGUGAUUAUAUAUAUAUCUGUAAAACCUGUAAUAUUUUCUUUAAGAACAUUCACAUAAAAUUUUUUGUGAAUGUUCUUAAAGAAACAUUUUUUAACAUUUCUUUUAUUCCACCAAAAAAUGUUCAGUGAUUUCCCAAAAAUGUUGAAAAUGUGGACAUCAGAAGAUUCACUGUGAAAAUAGAUUUUUUUCUCCACAUUUUCAAACUUUAAAACGGGUCAAUUUUGACCCGCAGGACAACAGGAGGGUUAAAAUGGUCAGUACAUGUUUAUACACCAGAUUCGGUGAGGUCAGCAUGUUUUCAACACUGUUUUUAUCUAUAUUUUUUUUCCAGCAUUGUAGAUUGUGAUAUUUUUACUGCUGUAUAGCUAGAUUUAUGUCCCCAUGUCUCUUCAACGUAAUCUUGCCCCUUGUAAUUUCUGUGAUCUAUGCAACACUAGACGAGUGUAAAUCCAAUAGAGGACACGCAUUUGAUAAAUGUAAGAAGUCUGGUAACAUAGUGAGAUUUUGGAUGAGUUAAUUGUUGUUCUUUUUAGGGGGUGUCUUAAAUGUUUCUUAUUGUCAAAGUAGGUGCUCGUGUGUAAAAUAAUGAAAAGUAUUUUUGCAGAUAUUUUAUCAAUGAAUUGUAUGUUUUAUUAGGAAUGAGUGCAGAGUCUUUUGAUGAACGUGAAAUGGGUGAAUCUUUGAUGGUUAAACAAUUAUAUCACUUAAAAAAAAAAAAAGUCCCUUGUUUUUGUUAUUUCACACUCAUCAGCAAUGUUCCCUCUAAUUUUUCCUGAGUCUGAGCAAACACACAAACUCCCUGAGCGUCCCUUGGACCACUGUGAGCAACAUCAGACGUGUGCACUGUGGUCACACCAGCAUCACAUCCAUUCAAGUUACAUGGUUCAUUAAAAGAAUCAAAUUACA